AUGUUAAAUCGGGGAUACCUGAAAGAACUGCUGAGCGACAGAGGACGAGCGAACUUCGCUCGAGGGCGCAAUCAACCUCAAGGACCUCCAAAGCCACAAUCACCCGCUCCUACCAUACAAAUGAUCAUUGGAGGCGGCGACGACACGGUAAUCAACCAUGUGAAAUUCACCAACACACAUAAACUCAAACGGACAGUCGCCCACGAACAGUAUGACGACCUCGAAGAUAGUAUCAUCUUCGAUAAGUCAGAUACCGACUGUUUGUCUUUCCAUCACUAUGAUGCUUUGGUUAUAACAUUACGCAUUGCAAAUACUGAUGUAAAAAGAAUAAUGGUGGAUGACGGAGGCGGCACAUGUAUUGUUCACCCACGAGUUCUCAUGCAAAUGAGGCUCGAGGACAAAAUAAUACCGCAUUGCAUAACAUUAACAGGUUUUGAUAAUGCAAUAGAGCAGACAUCUGGAGAAAUAAUGCUACCUGUCCUGGUAGGAGGGGUUACCCUGGAAACGACAUUCCACGUCAUGAACCAGGAAACGAUCUACAACGUCAAAAUAGGACGACCAUGGAUACAGGCCAUGCGAGCCGUCCCUUCAAGCUUCUAUCAAGUAGUCAAAUUUCCCACCCCAUAG